AUGGCACAGCAGGUAGGUCACGAGCAAAAGAGCCCUGAAGAAAAGCAAUUAGAGAUUAAAAAGAGAGAGGAAAGAGAAGAAAAGGAAAGGAAGGAAAAGCAAGAAUACGAGGAGCACCUCCAAAGGCUAAGAAAUCUGAUUAAAGAAGACCAGAAAACCAAUAUGGAAAAGGCAAAAGUAGAAAUAGAUGGCAUACGGGCAAUGCAGACAGUGUCAUUAAGAGAGGCCCAGAUAAAGCCACUCACCACCUGCGGGGAAAGACAAAUAGAAGGCUCAAAUGGCGAAGAGAUCAGACUUAAGAUAAUACAUGAGACAAAAAAGCAACUGCAUACACUAAAAGCAGAUGCAACAGUUGAUAUGUUUAGAAAAAUUCUUAUUCAAAACUUUGGGAUAAAGAACCCCAAGGCGUUUAUUUCUACAGUGGGAGAAAUUGACUUUAGCGUGCCCUCAACUACUCUUAAAUCAAUUGGGGUGUCGGAUAUGGAUACAAUUUAUGUGCAUAAGCUAUAG